AUGACCCCUCCAAUGGAUGCUCCAUUGUACCAAAUGUUUAAUGGCCAUGACGCGGAACAAAACUCCCUCGCCCUUCUUGAAGGGCGCCUUCCUCUACCAGAUGGCAUUGACUACCCAACUCGGUCUUUCCUUUCUCAGUGCAGGUUCCACAAAGAUCAUUCUACGUCCCUUCUGGAGGUUUCUACUGAAGAUCACACCUACUUCUGGUCUCGGAAUCCGGAACACAAGGGCUCUGAACCUCAUGGCCUGCAUAAUGGCCACUUUAAAGCUGGGAUUCUCUCCCCUAUGAUCGCCCAGUGUGACGCCUUGUUUCGGCAUAUCCCUCUAACUACUGGGUUCGUUCCUGACAACUGGCGACAUUUAAUGAAUUUUGCCAUUGAAAAGAAGCCCGGGGAGUUUUGUCUGAAGAAAAUGCGAACAAUUCAGUUGAUGAACUCUGAAUCCCAGGCCAAUUUUAAGCAACUUGGUCGUCUGGCCAUGACUUAUGGCGAAGACCAUCACCUGUUUGCUGAUGGUCAAUGCGGGUCCCGAAAGCACCAUCAAGCAAUUGAUCUCGCCCUGUCGAAGCGGCUGGUAUGGGACCUACUGAUUCUCCAGCGUCGAUCGGCAGGGUGGAUUUCGAAUGAUGCCAAGUCAUGCUUUGAUCGGGUAGUUCACUGGGUGGCAGUGGUUGCCAUGAUGCGGUUGGCCAUAACAUGGAAUGCACUUCUGAUGAUGUUUGACACGCUGGCAACAUCCACACAUCGAGUACAAACCGGCUUUGGAGACUCCGAAGCAAGCUUCCGACCGCCGUCAAUGAUUCCUUUCCAAGGGUGCGGACAAGGCAACGGGGGUGGUCCCCCCAUCUGGGUCUCGGUCAGCUCUAUUAUUAUUCAAAUGAUGGUGGCAAUGGGUUUUGGCUUUGAGUGUCUCACAGCGAUCAACUCUCACUUGGUCACAGCUCAGUGCUUCUGUUUUGUGGACAACACAGACGUUAUUGAGGCGGGGGCGUCGGUCGAUCACUCCGGCGAGGACAUCUGCCAAUCGGUCCAGGCGGCUGCGUCCAUGUGGGCUGGAGGAAUUAGUGCUACCGGUGGAGCGAUCAACCCGGACAAGUCCUUUUGGUGGUUGAUCGACUUUGCUUGGGAUGGCAGGAAGGGACAAUGGACAUUCAGGAGGAAGAAUCAGUUGUUGCCGGACCACCGGCUUCAGAUUCCGGGCUUGUCUGGCAAAUUGGAAUCUCUUUGUCGCCUUGAGCCGGGGGAGGCAGAGAAGACAUUGGGGGUAAUGCUCGCGCCACUCGAGGACCAGAAGGCCCAUGUUACACAUCUGAAGGGUAUUGCCAAAAGGUGGGCUGAACAAGUUCGGUCUAGUCACCUUCACAAAUACGAUGUGAUCCCCUUGAUCAAGUCCACUGUUAUGAAGUCACUAGAAUAUCCAAUGACGUUAUUGACACUGGAGGCCGCAACAUGGGUGGAUAUUAUGAGCCCGGUUCUACA